CCUUUUUAUUGCGGUUUAUUUGAUUUAUGGACAAAAAGUGUUUCGAAUUAGAAUGAGUUUUAGGCAUUUAAAACAGCAAACAGCUUAAAACAUUAUUCCCUGACCAGUCCUCAUAAUUGCCAGAGGCUUUCAGUUGCAAAAUGCUACCAUUUCAUGAUCGAUUUCGCAAAAGGGGAUUUAUUGGCCAAUCUCGCGUAUAUAUAAUAUGAUUAGCGUUCGUAUAAGAAUUGUUUUCCAUCAAUCAUUGGAAUUAAAGACAAAGGUGAUAAGCCAAGUUUAAUUUACAUAAAGCAUUAGUCCAUUUGAGAAUUACAAACACUAAAGCGAGCUUAUAACAUGGCGGAAACUGAAUUGCGAUAAGAACUCGAUCUUUCUAAAACUGUAACGUCAUGAUCUCUACUCUAAGCAGCUGGAACUACAAGAAACCAAUUUAGAUUGAUUGACUAGGACUAUUGUCAUUGGAAAAGCGUCCUAGAAAGUCUUCAAUCGUUAUAUUGAUUAACGUCAAGAAAAAUAAGGUCUAGAAGAAAAGGGAACGAACCUGUAUGAAGAACAUUGAUAACAAAAUGUACAGUGGAAAUUUAAGUCAUUCACAUCUUUAUUUCCCAACAGAUCAGACGGAGUUGUGGUACUUGAUCACUCGGGGAAUUAUCUUUUUUAUUUCUUUGGUUGGCAAUGGUACAGUCAUUUUUCUUAUUACUUCACGUCCCAAGCUACAACGGACAACGAAUUGGCUUAUUCUAUCUUUGGCAAUUGCUGAUAUAUCCUUAACGAUAAUAAUCACCCCAAUAGAGGCGGUAUGUACUCUUCAUCAACCUUCCAAGUGCGAUCUGUGGAUUCUAUGGCUUUUCUACACCAUGGCGAUAAAUACAUCUACAUUUAACUUAUGCUUGUUGACUGUCGAUCGCUACAUUGCCGUAUCGUAUCCUUUGCGGUAUCAACGACUCAAACUUCAACUUCGAUUAGCGUGUCGCAUCGCGCUAACCUGGGCACUAGCGAUGAUCUCACCUCUGCCAUGCUUCAUAGCGAUUCGCUACGAUGCGAUGAAAGCGUUUAAGGAUCUGGAGUUCGCCUAUCUAGUACUUUGUGAGUGCGUUCCUUCCAUUACGUUGUUACUCAUCUAUAUUCAAAUGGUACGUGUCGUCACUAGGAGAAAACGAGACAUGAAGCAACAGCGAAAAGCCAUCCAAUUCAAUUACUCUUCCUCGAGUGUGCAAAACAUUUCCAAACAAAGCAGUCUACAUAUUGUAGGCGCCCUUGUGUUUAUUUUCGACUUGUGCUUUCUUGUAUCGGUGUAUGAGGGCAUAUCGCAUUACGUGCUGGCAGAGCCAGCACACAAGUACGUAGUAAGCGCUGCAAGGGUCUUAUAUCACGUAAACGCGGCCGCUAAUGGGCCUGUGUACGCCGUGAUGAAAGGGGACUUCAGACAAGAACUGAGGCGUCUCGUACGAGGUAGCCCGUCUAGAGAAAUCGAGGAGAUGGAAAUGAGAAACAUUUCGCGAGACAAUACAUGAAGUGAAUUAGUGGGGGCGUCGUUGUUGGUUCAAGGGAAGUGCGAAAAGAUGGCAAUCUUCCUGCAAAACCCCCGAGGGGUACUCAGCCCCUGUGUGGUUAUAAGGGUGCCCCACCGUGUCUGUAAUCCGGGUCUUAGGACAAUAAUAUCUGCAAGAACAUACCCUGUUUAGGACAACAACCUCAAUUUUCAUAACCUUGAAAAAAUUGUGACAACGAAAGCAAAAUAAUAAAAUCAGAACAAUGUUCAAAACAGAAAGGCUUAAAAUAUCUUUGAAAUAUAUACCCUGCCUAGGAAGAAGAAGGUUGAAAGCCCUACUCUAUCCAGCGGCAUGCCCUUGUAUAGUAAAUAUAGGGGAACCCCCCUCCAACUUUUUGUUCUUGGAAGUUAUUGUCGCAGUCCUUCCUCUACUGUGGAAUUUUUUUCGUUUUCCAGUGCCGUAGCAGGCCUCGAAUUAUUGCCUUGUUUUCACGGCAAAACUUUGUUUCCUAAAGGCAAAACGUUUCUUGUUCACAGCAGAACUUUAUUUUUUUACGGCAAAACUUGUUUUAUUCAAGGUAAAACUUAAUUACUCACGGCAAAUCUUUAUUUCUUCACGGCGACAUUUUAUUCUAUAAAAGUUCUAUUACUUGAACCGUCUACAGGUGUAGGCCUAUACUUCGUGCCAAUCCCAUGUACCCAGAUCGUUGAUAUUUGCCCAGUGAAGGAACUGCUCCUAUGUACCGAGAUCGUUGGAUAUUUGCCAAGUGAGGGUACUGCUCCCAUGUACCCAGAUCGUUGAUAUUUGCCCAGUGAAGGAACUGCUCUUAUGUACCGAGAUCGUUGAUAUUUGGCAAGUGAAGGUACUGCUCCCAUGUACCCAGAUCGUUGGAUAUUUGCCAAGUGAAGGUACUGCUCCAAUGUACCCAGAUCGUUGGAUAUUUGCCAAGUGAAGGUACUGCUCCCAUGUACCCAGAUCGUUGAUAUUUGCCAAGUGAAGGUACUGCUCCCAUGUACCCAGAUCGUUGAUAUUUGCCAAGUGAAGGUACUGCUCCCAUGUACCCAGAUCGUUGAUAUUUGCCAAGUGAUGGUACUGCUCCCAUGUACCCAGAUCGUUGGAUAUUUGCCAAGUGAAGGUACUGCUCCCAUGUACCCAGAUCGUUGGAUAUUUGCCAAGUGAAGGUACUGCUCCCAUGUACCCAGAUCGUUGGAUAUUUGCCAAGUGAAGGUACUGCUCCCAUGUACCCAGAUCGUUGGAUAUUUGCCAAGUGAAGGUACUGUUCCCAUGUACCUAGAUCGUUGAUAUUUGCCAAGUGAAGGUACUGCUCCCAUGUACCCAGAUCGUUGGAUAUUUGCCAAGUGAAAGUACUGCUCCCAUGUACCCAGAUCGUUGAUAUUUGCCCAGUGAAGGAACUGCUCCUAUGUACCGAGAUCGUUGAUAUUUGGCAAGUGAAGGUACUGCUCCCACGUACCCAGAUCGUUGGAUAUUUGCCAAGUGAAGGUACUGCUCCAAUGUACCCAGAUCGUUGAUAUUUGCCCAGUAAAGGAACUGCUCCUAUGUACCCAGAUCGUUGAUAUUUGCCAAGUGAAGGUACAGCUCCCAUGUACCCAGAUCUUUGAUAUUUGCCCAGUGAAGGUACUGCUCCCAUGUACCCAGAUCGUUGGAUAUUUGCCAAGUGAAGGUACUGCUCCCAUGUACCCAGAUCUAGAUGAAAUUAUUCAUAUCAAUGUUGUUAUUCAAAUCAGUUUAGAAGUUUGAGUAAAGGGAUAAAUCAAUAAACGUUUUUUUAAGAUUGGGAGAACUUGCAAGCUCUAAGUAUUCCGGCAGAUAAAAUCGCACCUUUUCGCCCUGAUCCUUUUUAAACAAUAUAAACCUACUU